AUGAAUUUAAAGCGACAAAUUGGUGUGUUUGUGUGCGCACUAUUGGCAAUUACAAUUACACCGGUUUCUGGAGAAAUAAACCCUGAAGCUUUGGUAAAAGUCGUCGAAUUUGGAUGGAAGGCAAUCAAAGCCAUUCUUGAAAUAGAAUCCUUCAUCAAGGACGAUAAAUUUCAAGACGAUGUAAUUGAUGCAUUAGGUGAGAUUCGCGAAAGCACUGCGCGGAUUGAAUAUUUGAUAACCAACGAAGCUGAUCGCAUCAUCAGAGAGUUAUCGUUGAAAAUCGACAUGCAAAUCGUCCACAAGUUUGUUGAAACUGUUGAUCAAAUUAAUAAACGGUUUGAAAAUAAAUUUUUGAAAUAUUUUGUCGGAAAUGAAACGUAUGAACCCGAGACAAUUGAAAGUUACAUUAAUGCAACAAUUGAUGAGUCUAAAUUCAGGAAAAUAUUGUCUAAGAUACGAGAGUUUGCUGCCAGUUAUGUUCGUGAUUGCGAUGAAGGAGAAUCGGCAAGUGAUCAAAUCUUCUCAGUGUUUAAUCUUGCGAUGACUGGAGUAAUGAAAGGAUACUCUAUGGUGACCCAUGCUUACAAAUACCUUCAAUUGCAUUCUGCAAGUCCUAAUACAACAUACAAGUGCGAAAUGCGAGACGCUUUGGAGGAAUUUCAAACGACGGUUCAUCAAGUCGCCGAAGCUGCGCGAGUUAUCGCGGAAAUUGAAUCUAGAUCAAUUCGUCGAUGUGAUCCUAAAAAAUAUAAAGAAGGCGAAAAUUAUGAAAGUUACCAGUUCUUAACAACUUUUGUUACCAAUGAUUAUAUAUUAAACAAUAGAAAAUACAUUAUAGACGGUCUUUAUACAAAUCAACGAACAGCUGCAUUUUGCGAUGGACAUAUGUAUGAUAAAAUCUAUGAAGCAUGGUCUUUAGGAGCUUGUCUGGCGCCAGUGAAUAGCAAACGACGCUAUGACUACGUAUCAGUAUUGGGAGGAGAUUUGUACUAUUAUAACAAAGGUCGUGAAACUGAAGACUGUGAAAUCGAUUAUGGAUUAAAUCAUUCUAAAUGGCAGUGGAAGUUUUACUUCUACAGAUACAUUUGUGAAGAGCCUGUUUCUAGUCAAAAAGCUGCUUAUUUUAAUACUACAGCGCAAUACUCUGACUUCAAUAAUAAUCGAGUUAUAACAGGAAUUCGUUUGGUUACUAAAUUGUCAAUAACGUACUUUGAAAUUCAACAAGGAGUUCUUGUGAAUGGUACUAUUGACAAUACUACUGUCGAGUGGGAUGAUAGGGUCACUAGACACCUAGACUAUUACGAAAUUAAUCAUCUCUUGCCUUCUUAUACGGAAGGUGAUUUAGUUAGACUCACUUAUAACUUGAGAUCUUUAAAUUUAGAUGAUGUAGAUUUGCCAGCUGGAAUGGUUGCCGUUGGUGUUCAAUUUAAACUUGUGAAGAACCAAUUGACAUUUCAAGUAGCGGGCAUGCGAAUAGUUGACGAAUCAGGACAAUUUAUUUCUUCAUCAACAGUGGAAUGGUUCAGCAAAAAUAAUUCUAAUAGAACUGAAUUAAAAAUAGGUGAUCUUGAUAUUCCAACACUCGGUAACAACGUGAAUUUAGAAUUAAGCAAACGAGGAAAAGAAUUCGUCAAAUUUCAAAUGUCCAGUUGGAAUAUAGACGGUAGUCAGACGUUGUAUCCUUUUAUAGAUUUACAAGAUGUCAUUACUCAUCCACCAGCACCAAUUGGAGGUAUUGGGCUAUUUUACAAAGGCCAACAAGGAUUUGGAGGAUUCAUUGCUCCAAAACUCAUAAGUCUUAAUACUACUAUUUUAAUGAGUGAUGAGUAUUUAAAUAAUAUUUUCAAUGACACCGCCACAAUUGAUUUCUACGAGCUCUUGGGAGAUUGUUCAAAUCAAAAUUUUAUAGAAUACAAUGGUCUUAUAGAAGUGGCUAAAUUUGGCUGGAAGGUAAUUCAAGCUCUUAUAGCGAUUGAUUCUUCAGUAAAAAAUCACAAAUUUCAACAAGAUGUGAUCAACGCGUUAGAUGAAAUUCGUCAAAGCACUGCGAGGAUUGAGUCUUUGAUAACAGACGAAGCAAAUCGUAUAAUUGAAGAGCUCAAGAAAAACCAUCUUUGUGAAUGUAACGAAGGAGAAUCUUCAUACGACUUGAUAUUUGGAGUUUUCAAUCUUGCAAUGACAACUCUAUCUAAAGGAUACGCCAUGGUAGUGCAUGCUUACCGAUACCGUCAACUUAACUCAACGAAUCCAGAAAUACGUGACACUUUGGAUGAUUAUAAAGAAACAGCGCUUAAAAUCGCCGAAGUUGCACGAUCGGUUGGGGAGAUGGAAUCUAAAGCAAUCCGUCGUUGUGAUUCUGAAAAAUUUAAAGAAGAAGCUUAUUUGGCGCCAGUAAAUAGCAAACAACGCUACUGUUAUGCAAGAGUAAAAGGCGGUGAUCUGCAGUGGUAUUAUAAAGGUCGGAUAACUGAAGGUUGUGACUACGAUUAUGGGUUGUACUACUCUAGACUUCAUUUUAUCACUGGAAUCCGCUUAGUCACAAAAUUAUCAAUUACUUACUUUGAAGUACAACAAGGAGUUUUAGUAAAUGGAACUGUUGACAACACGACCGUCAAAUGGGAUGAUAGAGUUACCAAGAAGCUUGAAGAUAUGGAAAAAAAUAAUCAGACACCUGAUUAUGCCUCCAGUGUUUUAACUGAACUCACAGGAGUAAAAAUCAUUGAUGAAUUAGGAAAUCCUAUUAUUUCUCAUGAUGUACACUGGUUUUUAGGAACGAAUAAUUUUAACAGAAAUGAAAUAACAAAAAGUGAUCUCGACAUUCCAACAUUAGGCAAGAAAAAGAAUGGCGAACUAAGCGAACCAGGAAAGCAUUACGUCAAAUUUCAAAUGACUGGUUGGGCGAUAGACGCCGGUCAGACUUUAAUUCCUUUUAUAGAUAUGCAAGAAGUGGUUGCUAAUCCUCCAGCACCUAUUGGUGGUGUCGGGCUUCAUUAUAAUGGUCAAGAUGGAUAUGGAGGAUUCAUUGCGCCAAAACUUAUAAGCAUGAAUAAUACUAUUUAUAUGAGCGAAAAUUAUUUGAAGAAAACAUUUAAUGAUACAACGGGUGUUAAACUAAAAAAGCGACAUCUUACUCUUGACGUAGGAGAUAGCAGAAGAUCACACUCCAUUCUGGACACAACGAGCGCUCAAGGUCUCAACAUCAAAAUGGACUCUGCUUAG